AUGUCGACGCUGAACUAUCUCUUUGAUCUCCCUGAGCAGAUUUGCUAUGUCCAAUGUGGUUUCUGCGCCACCAUAUUACUGGUGAGUGUGCCGUGCAGCAGUUUGUCAAGAUUGGUCACAGUCAGAUGUGGUCACUGCAGUUGCCUCCUUUCAGUCAACCUGAUAAAAGCUUCCUUUCUCCCUUUUCAUCUCUUAGCUUCACUUGGCCAAGACGUCGAUCAGGAAAAAGAUAACUUGGUGGAGGAAGUACAGAAAGUGAAGUGUCCGGGGUUGGGCGAUAUGCGCAGCCAAUCUAUGUUGGUUUCUAAUAACUCUGAAAAUGAAGAGGAUUACACAAACGCAAUCACACUGAAUCACAUUGUUAACAAACCCCCGGAGAAGAGACAACGAGCUCCAUCCGCUUACAACCGUUUUAUCAAAGAAGAGAUCCAGAGGCUUAAAGCUGAAAAUCCAAGCAUGACUCACAAGGAAGCCUUCAGUACAGCUGCAAAGAAUUGGGCUCAGUUCCCUCCAGUUCAGAACAAAACGGAUGGUCCAGAUCAUGGAGAGACCUCUAGCCAACUGAUCAGAGAAGAUCAAAGUGUUACAUGUACCAAUGAUGUCACUGAUGAGGUUCAGGAAGAUGCCAGAUGUUUCCGAGAGAGAAAUCCCCCAAGGCAUUCCCUAUGGGCAAGGACACCGUUCGAGUGA